ACCCAGCAGUGUCAGCCGCCCGCCCUCUCGACGCUCGAUGGCACCGCUGGCCGUCGGCGCCGGGUCGGCUCCUCGAGCCGCUCAGUUCCGGCCCUGCAUCGACAUCCACAAGGGCAAGGUGAAGCAGAUUGUUGGGUCCACGUUGAGAGAUCUGGAUGUGGAGAGGAGGAAAUCUGGGGAGAAUUUAGUCACAAAUUUUGUGUCCGAGAAUCCGCCAUCUUGGUUUUCGGAUCUUUAUCACCAGGAUGGCCUCACAGGUGGUCACGUCAUCAUGCUUGGGCCUGAUGAGGAGAAUAGGUCGGCUGCCUGCUCUGCUCUAUCUGCGUGGCCCGGCGGCCUGCAGGUUGGAGGCGGCAUCACCACAGAGUUGGCCCCAGCAUUCCUGGAUGCGGGUGCCUCACACGUCAUUGUGACGUCAUACGUCUUUCGAGAUGGAAGGUUAGACAAACAGCGGCUGCGACAACUGGUUGACUGCGUGGGCCGUGAGCGUAUUGUGCUAGAUUUGAGCUGUCGCUUUCGGGAUGGCAACUAUUGGGUGGUCACGGACAGGUGGCAGCGGUUCAGCGAGCUCGCAGUGACAGGGGACGUGCUGGAGGACCUGUCUGCCAGCUGCUCCGAGUUUUUGGUCCACGGUGUGGAUGUGGAAGGCAAGCAAUGCGGUGUGGAUGAGCAGCUUGUGGGCCUGCUGGCGGAAUGUUGCCCUCUGCCGGUCACCUAUGCGGGAGGCGUCAGAGACAUGGACGAUCUUGACCUAGUCAAGCACGCUGGGCGAGGGCGUGUAGAUGUGACAGUUGGCAGCGCUCUCGACAUUUUUGGCGGAUCACUUAGGUAUGCGGACGUGGUGAGGUGGCACAAUGAGAGCCAAAGGGAGGCUGCUGUGCCGCAGCAAUCUUGA